AUGAUUGCAAGUGCACUGAUUGCCUUUUUGGUGAUAGCUUCUACAGCAGCUUCCACCUUCCCGUUGCACAUUGCUCCUACUAUCCGCGAUGCUCUACGUAGACAGGGUCUAAGCUCAAGUGAUGCUCGCAUGAUAUACAAAAUGGGUGCUCCAAUCAUGAUCAAUCCAAUCUCUGUCAAUCUUGUUUAUUAUGGUAAUUGGACCCUCAAUCAGAAAUCUAUUAUCGAAGAUUUCAUUCAUGGCAUUGGUAAAUCCGAUUGGUGGAAGACCGAGCGCAAAUACUACUUUCAAGCAAACGCCAGCGCUCCUCGGUACCACAUCAGCGAUCAAGUUACUCUUGGCACCACUGUCGAUGACAACUACUCGAUGGGGAAAUCCCUUUUAGGAAACAACAUCACCGACAUUAUCCAAAAGUACAUUAAUGAUGGCACAUUUGCUGCAUCUACCGAUACUAUCUACUUUGUUCUUACUGCCGGUGAUGUACAAGAAAGUAGUUCUGAUUCCACUGGAAACUAUGGGUUUUGCAGUGCCUAUUGUGGCUAUCACUCGUCCUGGAAAGCCAAUAACCAACCAGAAUUGUAUUUCAGUAUGGCAGGCAAUCCAUCUGGAUGUCUAAACACUUGCGGUACACAACUCAAUAGUGAACUCUCUCCAAAUGGUGACCUUGCUAUCGACGCUAUGCUUUCUGUAAUUGCCCACGAGAUUGCCGAAACAGCUUCUGAUCCAUCUCAGAUUACUGCAUGGAUGGAUACCGAUAGUCAAGAAAACUGUGAUAAAUGUGCUCAUCGUUUUGGCAAUACUACUAUUGAUGCCAAUGGCGCUAACUUCAAUAUGGGAUGGAAGAAUCGUAAAUUCCUUAUUCAAAUGAACUGGGACUUGGAAAGCACCGAGAUGGCGACCAAGAAUGCCAUGCAGGCUAAUGAUCAAGAAAUAAGCGAUGGAAUGGCCGAGAUUGAGUUACAGAAAUUACAGCGCCAGUAUCGUAUUAUGGAAGGUGACCGAAAAGCUUACAGUGAAGAAUCUCGAAUCCUCAUUGGAAAGCAAAGGUAUGCAAUUGAAAAACUUCAAAAGGAUAAUGAUCACUUGCAAAACGAGUUGAGACUUUUGGAGCAAAGAAGUGAAGACAAGCGUAAAAAUGGAAUCCAGAGCAAAAAAGCAGAAAGCAUGGCAGAACAGGCAGGCAAAAUGAAUACUGAUACAAAGUAUUUAGAUUUGCUACAACGGAAAAUAAAAUUUAUUCUUUCACAGAUUACCGAGCUAGAUCAAGAAACGACUAAAAUAAAUUCUGAAAUUGAUGUUCAAAGAUCCAAACUUGGUGGUGUGAAUGCUGCAAGUCAAAACAACGAUGCUGUUGGAAAGCAAGUGCGUGUAUUGGAGAACCGACUUGACAAGGCACUAGUCAAGUUUAACAAAUCGCUUGCAGUAAAUAAGCGGCUCCGAGCAAUUAUUGACAAUCUUCGUCGAGAGCGUCUUGUGUUUGACAAUAUCUACCACAAAUUUGAGCGUGAGCUUAUCGAGCAAAAAAGACAGAUGGCAGAUAUCAUUGAAACAAGUAAUGCUGCUUACGAAGCAAGAGAUGAGGCCCAAACAAAGAUUAUUGCGCUGCGUGAAAAGGCUGAAAAGGAGCAUCAAUCAUAUAUUCAAGAAAUCAAGGAACUUGAUCGUUCUCUUGAACAAGAUCGUAAGCUCAAGGAGUUUAUGGCCGCAAAGGGAUCUGACAGAUCCGAACGUGCUGACGGCAACCGUGAGGGUGGAAAAAAAGGCGAAAAAGAAAAGCUUUCUGGAGCAAAGUUUCCAUCCCAAGAAAAUCUCACUGUUCCUCUGGACACUUACAAAAGUGCCUUUUCCGAGAUUCGUAAAGUAACUGGUAUAUCUGACACGGGUGAGCUAGUACAGCGUUUCAAGGGCAUCGAGGACCAAAACUUUUCUCUAUUCAACUAUGUAAACGAAGUCAACAACGAGAUAGAAAUGAAUGCAGAAGAGAUGGUUGAGAUUCAAAAGCGGAUUGAUGCAAUGCGUAUUGAAUGCGUUCUGAUUGAAGAGUCGCGUAAAAUGGAGAUGCAAAGUUUAGAAGAGUCGUUGAAUGCUUCCAACGAAAAGGCCAAUGCACAUGAGAAGCAGUACAAAGAGAUGACGUCAAUCAUGAGCGAUUUACGCAGUUCAAUCGAGGGAUUGAUUCAAACGUUCCAAAAAACAUCCAAGCGUCAUGUGUUGUCCACCGACUCGCAAGUUGCCGAUACAGAAAUUAAAGAUAAUGCUGCUGAUGACGCAUCCCCCAGUGUCGAAAAUGAUUUUUCGAUUACCGAUCAAGACGGCAAUGAGAAAUCUCAACAGAUUGUACCGGAUGAAGCAGGUGACGUAUCGCCAGCUAAUGAUGGCUCUGAAAAUGUUGAAACCACAACAUCCAAUGAAAGCAUUGAUGAGGCAAGCAAAGAUUCAGCCUCCCAUUCACACCAACAGUCACAUCAGCCAGCACCUUCAUCAGCCCAACCUCCGCGCACAAAAAAAUCGGAACGUGUUCGUGUUCAUCUUGAAUUCAAUCUACCUUCAGAAAGUAUUGGUUCUCAAGGCGUUACUGAAGCCAAUCUGAUUCAAUUCUUGGGUUUGAUUGAACACAAGUCAAAUGAGUUGCUUACUUUGAAUUAUUUGAUCAAUUCGCCAAAGAAAGCGGUAGCACAACUUGCAGGACUUGAAGGGCAAGAUGGUGCCAUCUCACUUAUUGGUGCUGGCGGUGUUGCUGGAUUGCUUGGUCAAGGACCCGGUGCUCCAGUUGGUACAUUGAGUAUUGUUGCUCCCAGCACUGGUGACGAUCAUGAUUCUGGUGACAAUCAAUCCGAUGAGGAUGAUCGUCCAUUAACUCGGGAGGAGCUUCGUCAAAAGACACUUCGUGGUCUCAACAAGCGAGAGAAAACUGCUACACCCCGACACAAGGCUCAGACACACAAGACAAAGCGUAGGAUAGCCAUUAAAAAAGAGUAG